CGGCCAUCCAUAUCCCCACUCGUACCUUCGCUCGUUUGAAUGCGGGGUACACCACUCACACAACGUCCUCAUCUCUCACCUCCACUCCGACCGUGAGCAGCCAUGUCAAGCGUCGCAUCCCAAGUGAUCCUGCACCCGACUGUCUCGCAGUCCUUGAAGGUCCUGGGCACUAACCUCGGUCGAGACAAGCUCUACCGUGCAGUGCAAUACUUUGCACGCUUCCUCGCAUGGUACUUGCUCUCGCGCGGGUACAAGAUCCAGGGGGCCCGGUGGAACGCGCUCAAGUCACACCUCGCGCUCGCGCGGAAAUUAAUGCGCCUUGGAAAGCCCGUCGAGCAUUUGCAGGCCGCUCUUCGUGCCGCCCAGGUUGCAGCCGAGCCGGGCGAGCAGAUCACUACCAUCUGCCGGCAGCUUGGGUACUUUGGGUACUUGACAUACGACACGCUCGUUUGGGCCAAUGCGAUCAAGUUCUUCAACUUCAGCCGCAAGAACGCCAACCGAUUCUGGCUGGCCGGGAUUCUGUUCAGUAUUACCCAUGGGCUCCUGAAGGCGGGGAGAUUGGCAAAUGAAGUCAAGAAGCUGCAGGGGGCACACUUUACAGAGAAGGGACAAGACGCGGACCGUGACGUCAAACUCCGCACACUGUACAAUGCACGAGACGCCACGCGCCACCAGUUCAUCAUCGACCUCCUCGAUGUCUGGAUUCCUGCGAGUAACUUGGCUUCACUAACCUCAAUGACGGCUCUCAUCACAUCGCUCAUGGCUUUCCGCCAGCAAUGGUUGGCAGUCAACAGCAAGUAGUUUGGCCGUAGGUACUAGCUUUGACGUCGUGACUAUCUAUGCAAUAUUAUCGUGCAACCGAGCAUUGUUUGUAUCAUGGUUCUCUGGUAGGCAAUGGAUAUACCAACGGCAGUAAUUCCGAAGGGCAACUGCCUCCAUUGACAACUCCCACUGACGGGAUUAUGCCUUUGAAACACCUUGGGCAACCCAGUCAAUCUCUGUUCACCACCCCACAGCACCUACGUCGUGAGUGCCUUUCCGGAGCGUGAACAUGUGCACCCAAUGGGGAUCAUGACGACGUUGCAUUGCUAUUGGCCUCUUGCUCCUGUCGCAAUCGAAGGUACUCUGCGCGCAUUGCAGACAUUGGCUCUGGACUCGUAUACUGGUACAUGCAAUCUUGCACUGCUUUGUACUUGUGUCUGCAUUCCCAGGC